UCGGUGUGAUCAGUAUCAGCUUUUGUCACUCGCAGUUGAGAUAUUUCUUCCUCCUUCACCCCUCCUCCUCUUCCUCCCCUUAUUUUCUUACCCGGUAGUCCAACGUGGCCAGGUGAACGGAGGCAGGCAUGACGACAGAUGGCCCUUACAGUCUGAGGGAUUAUAUAUUAACACCAAGCAGCUCAGAUUCUCUUGCACACACAAACACAGGUGGAUACACCCACUCACGUAGGCUGGUGGAUACUGUUUUCGCAUACACACAGGGAGGCAGAAUGAUGCCUGUGAGACAGCUGAUUUGUCACAGCACAGCCAGCGCACAGUAGAAAUAGGAGAAGAAGGAAUUUAAACGAUGGACGGAGAGAUGGAGGGCAGUUUUUCUCCGGUUAUCAUGGAGGUGUGGAGCUCCUCUGCGUCCGAGGAGGAGGAAGAAGAGAAGAGCACUUUCAUUCUUGUGGAUGAAGUAGUGGAAGAGGAGAGGAAAUGCUUCAACAGCAAUAAUAAUAACAAUAACAACAACAGUGACAGCCUUUGCAGGGAGGUGACACAAGUGCUGUGCUCAGACAGAGUGGGCCAGGUCACCAAGACGUAUCAUGACAUUAAGGCAGUCACCCACCUGCUUGAGGAGAAAGAGCGGGAUCUAGAGUUAGCAGCGCGGAUCGGUCAGUCCCUCCUGAAGCAGAACCAAGAACUAACAGCACGCAAUGAAAUGCUGGAUGAACAGCUUGAAAUUGCAAAGGAGGAGAUUGCUCAACUCCGUCAUGAGCUCUCAAUGCGAGACGACCUCCUUCAGUUCUAUGCGAGCACCGAGGAGAUUGAGAACGCUGAAUCUCACUCACCGAUAAAAAGAAAUGAAUCUUGCAGUUCUCUCAGCAACUUCGUCCACUAUGACUUCCUGCAGCAGAAACUGAAGGGUUUAGAGGAAGAGAAUCGUAAACUGAGAUUAGAGGCUAACGAGCUCACAACAGAAACAACAAACUACGAGGAGCAAGAACAGGAGCUGAUGAUGGUGUGUGUGGAGGAGCUCUCAUCUGUUAACAAGCAGGUGGUCGACUUGUCAGAGGAGCUCGCACGGAAAGUGGAGGACUCUGUGCGGCAGCAGGAGGAGAUCAGCUCGCUGCUCGCUCAGAUUGUGGACCUGCAAGCCCGCUGCAAAGCGCUCACCCAUGAGAAUGAGGAGCUGAACCAGCACCUGAGUGCCUCCCGUGAGAGCCAGAUAAAACUGAAAUCAGAGCUCAAGGACCUACAGGACAAGUACUCAGAGUGUGAGGACAUGCUCUGCGAGGCCCGAGAGGACAUUAAAAACUUGCGGAACAAGAGCCUGCCCAACAGCACGGUGCAGCGAUACACCGCACUGGCCUCUGUCCUCCCCAUGGACUCACUGGCAGCCGAGAUAGAGGGCACCUUCCGCAAAGGCCUGGACACUCCAGCACCCUCAGAAUACAAGAACCACCCGUGGCGUGUGUUUGAAACAGUGAAGGUGGUGAACAAGGUCGGGAGGCUGCGGUCUCGGUGCCACUCUCCGGGGCUUCCGGGCUCCAGCCCCGUGUCUGCUCGGUCCAGUUGUACCAGCACCCCCCGAACUAGCUACUAUGGCUCUGAUAAUGCCAGCCUUACCCUGGAGGACAAGCCCAGCUCCAACCAUGCUCAGAAAGAAGACAACAGUGUUAGUGGGCCAAAGCGUCUGGGCCAGCCAGGCACACCAGGAGGCCAGGACCUUGAGGCUGCUUUGCGCAGCCUUUCAGCCCGCCAACAGAACCACUCCUCUGAGCGGCCUUUCUUUGACGUGGAGCGUGAGCGGAAACUCCGUGCCUUGGCAGCAAACUGCGAGGAAGGCGAGGGCUCAAGUGGCUUCCUGACACCAAACGACAGUCUGGCCUCCAGCCCCGCAGCAUCGACGGGAACUAACUAUUCCAACGGCAGCUCACGGCACUCCUGUAGCUCCUCAUCAGGAUCCAGGUCCUACCUGCCUGACCGCCUGCAGAUCGUCAAACCUCUGGAAGGCUCAGUGACUCUGCAUCAGUGGCAGCAGCUGGCCAAACCAAACCUGGGAGGCAUCCUGCAUCCACGCCCAGGCGUCCUGACUAAAGACUUCAGGGAGCUUGAGGUGGACAUACAGCAUGUCUACAGCCUGAACGACCUGGAGGAGGAUGAACCUGACCUAUCGCAGCUCUCAGGAGCACAUGGCAUGGUCUCUCCAUCUGGUCCCAACCUCCCUCAGACCUCUCCCACACAUACCAUUACCACCUGCCAAGUCCUCCAACCCUCCCUCCUCAUCCCCACCUUCUCCACUAGCCUUCACUCUUUCGGCCUGCCAUCUUGCCGGAACUGUGAGCACGUGAGCACCUCAUCUCCGCCCCACCAGCAGCACUUUGGCAUUGGAGGCUGGACCACAACCACCACUACCGCCACAGGAAACAUAACCACCUCAUCACUGGGACUCCUUCAGCUGCUUCAAGAGCGUGGCAUCUCAGCCUCUCCUUAUCCUCACCACAACCUUUCCUACAGCCAUAGUACAAAAUCUCCAUUCUCCACAGCAAAGGACAAAAAUGGAGGCUCAUCAUCAGACAAGGGGGGAAAAAGGAACAUUUUCAGCUUGAACUUAGUGGGGAAGCUUCAGAGUCUUGGGUUGCACAGAGUGGCAGCCUGGGGGAUGGUGGGGCGCGGUCGCAAGGAGAAAGAAGGAGUGAGGCAUCCUCUGAAAGUCUGAUGAGGGCUGAUCCAUCACUUAACUUGUCUCAUUCACCGUAGUGACUUUGCAUCAAGCCAUCUGAUUCCCACUGUGCAGUUCAGGGCCACAACACUGGUGUCUUGAAAAUAAAAGUCACAGAAUGCACAGGAGCCAUACUUUGAGUUGUCGAUAGUGUAUAGUACUGUUCUUUUCUAUGAAUGUACAGUAGAUAAACUGUUGUGUGCGUGUGUGUGUGUGCGUUAACAUCUUCAUCUCAGGACAAUCACUUUAUCACCACUCUGUCUGACUGACACAUUGCUUUUUACACAAAAAAGAAACAUGAUGAAGAAAAAAAACUUUUUAUACAGUGUUUUGUGAAUGUCAUUUUACAGUGUUCCCUACCACUGGUUUUAAAAAACUUCACCACUUGUCAUUGUUUUAGUUUUCCAAAGUGAAAAAUCAGUAGGGAGAAGUUAAGAAAAAGACCAUGUGCAGUAAAUUAUUAUCUGUUAAAACCACAAACCAAGCCAAUGCUGUCACACUGAAGAUCUUUCAGAUGCAUUAAAAUACACUCUGGUCUUCCUGCUUACUAGCUGCUACACUGAAAAAAACAUAUUGUAUAUAAGAUUGUCAAAUAUACUCAAGUUGAGAAAUUGAUAAAGAAGCACUGCAAUGAUAUCUGCUCCAAACUGGGAACAGAUGAUACACUGACUGAACUGAAUAAUGUUGAUCGUGUCGACAUCCUUUUAGCUGUAUCCCCCUCGCUUCACCACCAGCUUUCACAUAGCAGCCAUCACCUCUGAGCUGUUGCAAUGCCUGACCUUUGUGGACUUAUUAUUAUCCUGAGCCAAACCUCACCAAAUAAACUAAAAUCAGGUUUGCCAUGCUGCAUCAAAGACAGUGAAUAUGACUUUUAGAAGCAAUAUGUGUAUGAAAAUCGUGCUUGUACAAAUCUGCUGUAUUUCAUGUCAUCAGGAAUUUUGAAAACUGCUGGGAUAUAAAUGAAAUCAAAAAUCAUGUUGGGCAUUCAAAGUGAAUUCUGCAUGGUGUUAAGGGGAAUCUUUUGUUGAAAGAAAUACAAGUAGAAGAGAGGUCAUAAUUAUUUUAACAGCAUGUCUCUUCAAUCAACUGUAGCAAAAAGGCAUAGGAUACUGUGGAUUAAAAAGGGAAGAAAUCAUAAACACAGGUUAUAAUAAUUUGUGUUCUGACUUAAAUCAACCAAACCACUGUUUCUCUGCACCACUGUUUGUUGUAGUCUUUGUUAGAAUCACAGCAUAUGUAUGUAUACGUCAGCGUGUGUAUAAAUUGUACCACCUGUGAAUAAAAUGUUGCAUUUUCAUCCAG